AUGGCAUUCGCGGCAAGUGACACAACCGUGACUCUUUAUUGGCUCGAACAAUCCCGCGCACACCGGAUCCUCUGGUUUCUCGAGGAACUCGACAUUCCAUACGAGCUCAAGACCUUCAAACGUGGUUCAGACAAGCUCGCUCCAAAGGCACUUGAAGAUAUUCACCCACUCGGGAAAUCGCCAAUUGUUGCCAUCUCGUCACCAAGUUCAGAAGCUCCGCUGGUCCUGGCUGAGUCCGCGUUUAUUGCCGAAUAUCUCUGCGAGCAUUUUAGUGGCGCCCAUCUUGUCCUGGAACGGUUUGCGGAUACAGGCAAGGAGGGCAAAGUGGGAGGUGAGCCGGAGGAGUGGCUUCGCUACUGGUACUAUAUGCACUAUACGGAGGGAAGCUUGAUGCCGAACCUAGUGAUGAAGGUUGUGACGAACACUAAGCCUCUCGGAUAUAGUGCUCAGAACCGCACCACCAGUCUUCGUCCGGGUCUAUUCAGUUUCGUCGCGUCGAAAAUCGAGGACAAUUUCUUGAACCAGAACUUUGUGGAUCAUUUCGACUUCCUAGAGAACCAGCUUCGUUCUGCUCCCUGUAGUGGGCCCUUCCUUACCGGCCAGAAGCUGACUGUGGCGGACAUCUUGAUGAGUUAUCCAGUAAUUGAGAGCAUGACGCGCAUUUUUGGGGUGCAAAGGGGGAUUGCCAAAAACAGAUAUCCACUACUUGCUGCGUAUGCAUCUCGGUUGCAGGCAUGUGAAGGGUAUAGGCGGGCAGUUGCGAAUAUUGUUGGUAUUGAGGGGCGCUUUGAGGCUUGUUAA